CCUCGCCCCCCCCCCCCCGCCGGCCAUGAUCGAGGUGUCGGCGGCGCUGCUCCGCGGGGCGGUCUUCCUGGCCGGGGAGCCCCUCGAGUGCCUCGUCACGCUGCGCAACCCGCUGCCGCCCGACGCCACGUCCGCCUCCAGUGAAAUGCUGGCCUGGGCCAGCGCUCAGAUCCACUGCCAGUUCCACGCCAGCGAGAGCCGGGUGGCUCUGCCCCCUUCGGAAGACAGCCGGCACGACGUCCAGGCCGAGAACGAGACGGUUUUUGUCCCCAACAGAGGGGAGCGGGGCCACUGCAUCCUGUCCACCCCCCCAAAGAUCCUCUUCUGUGACUUGCGACUGGAUCCAGGAGAGUCCAAAACCUACUCCUACUGUGAGACGCUGCCGGUGGACGGCCCCCCCUCCUUCCGGGGGCAGGCGGUCAAGUACGUCUACAAGCUGACCAUCGGCUGCCAGAGGGUCAACUCGCCCAUCAAGCUCCUUCGCGUCCCCUUCCGGGUGCUGGUGCUGCAUGCUCAUGCAGCCUCUCCCUCCGCAGGACUGAAGGACUACCAGUGCCCCCAGGACGAGGCCGUGGCCCCCUCCAACCCCUUCCUGGAGGAGGAGGAGGGGACCAAGAAGGAUUCCCGGCUGGCCGACUUGGCCACCGAGCUGCUGAUGGCGGCCACCUCCAGAAGGAGCCUCCACUUGUACAACAUCAGCAAUUCCCGCGGCAAAGUGGGCACCUUCUGCAUCUUCAAGGCCGUCUACAAGAUUGGCGAAGACAUUGUGGGCACCUUCAACUUCUCUGAAGGGGACAUCCCAUGCCUGCAGUACCUGGUGAGCCUGCAGACGGAGGAGCGGAUCCAGGAGGCUUUCCAGCACCGGCGCGGGCAGCCCGUCUCCUACAGCACCCACGCCCGCCACCAGGAGUCCUGCCUGCACACCUCGCACACCAGCUUCAGCCUGCCCAUCCCGCUCAGCUCUGCCCCGGGGUUCAGCACCAACAUUGUGUCCCUGAAGUGGCGUCUGCAUUUUGAGUUUGUGACGUCCCGUGAGGCGUCGCAGCGGCAGGCCCCCCCGGAGGGCCCCCCCUCGGAAGAAGCCUCCCGGUGGUCGGGGGUGGAGCAGAUGGACGUGGACACCUUCAGCUGGGACCUGCCCAUCAAGGUCUUGCCCACCAACCCGCUCCUGGCCUCCUCCGUCUCCCAGGUCCCUGGCGCCAACUCCCUCACCAUCUGAGGGCUCCUCUGCGUGUCUGAGUGUCCUGUUCCUCCGUGUGGCCUCAGAGAGGCAUGAUCCUGAUGGGGGGGGGCUUUGGCUGGAAGGUCUGGGGUGCAAGCAGGGGGGGGGCUCUUCAGCUGGGCUCCCUCCCUCUCCCUGCCCCACUCCCCGCCUGGUGUGUGAAUUUCUCCCAUGGAGAAGGGGGCGCUGCCUCCAACCUGCCCUUGUCCUUUUUUCCAGAGUGUCGUGGGGUGGGGUGGG